AUGGCUGAAGCCAGCAGAACGAUAGAGGUGGCCGCACUUGGCCGGCCAUUCAGACUCAGGAUGCUGUACGACUGCCGCCAAGAUUCACUUGUCCCUGGCAUGACACUGUGGGACUGUGAUGACUUGGAAAAAAAUACAAGAGAAAGGCCACAACACAACAGUGACUUUGAGAUAGUUGCUUCUGAAUCAAUUGAGGAUAAAUCCUCAGCGCUAACAGUUGAAGCCUCUCUGAAAGCAAGUUUUUUAGGUGGACUGGUCAAGGUUGAAGGAUCGGCCAAAUAUCUGAAUGAUAAUAAGGCAUCCAAAAAUCAGGCCAGAGUAACUCUGACAUACAAAGCUACCACAAAGUUCCGGCAACUGUCGAUGAAUCACCUUGGAAGAGGCAAUGUUAAGUAUCCAUAUGUCUUUGAACAAGGAUUAGCAACACAUGUAGUCACAGCUAUUCUUUAUGGGGCACAAGCCUUCUUUGUCUUUGACCGUGAGGUGUCCGAAAAGGAAGAUCAUCAAGACAUUCAGGGCAACUUGAAGGUGAUGAUCAAGAAGAUUCCCAGCUUUGCGAUUGAGGGUGAAGGUUCUUUGAAAAUGGAAGACAAGGACAGAGAAAAGGUUGACAAAUUUUCUUGCCGAUUCUUUGGAGACUUUUCAAUUCAGAAAUCUCCUACAUCCUUUCAGGAUGCUGUAGAAGUCUACCGAAGCCUGCCAAAAUUGUUGGGAGCCAACGGAGAAAACGCCGUACCAAUGAAGGUCUGGCUUUUCCCAUUGACAAGUUUAGAUUCUUCUGCUGCGAAACUCGUCCGUCAGAUAAGUAUAAGAUUAGUUCAAGAAUCACAGAGUGUCCUAGAGGACUUCAGUGAGCUGGAAAUGAGGUGCAAUGACACACUGAGGACCACCACUGCACAGCAGUUCCCACAGAUUAGCAAAAAGAUUAAAAGUUUUAAAGAACUGUCCUCUGAGUUCAAGCUGGGCUUCCAACAAAACUUGGCAAAGAAACUUCCGUCAAUCCGAGGAGGAGGAGAGGAGGAGGCUGGGCUCGCAGAGAUCCUGAAGAAGAGAUAUUCUUCUCCUUUCAACAGCAAAACCCUAAACAAGUGGAUGGACUGUAAACAGAGAGAAAUCGACACAUUGAUGUCUUUCACCAACAUGAUGAAAAACACCAAGAUCGUUCCAUCUCAAACAGACUUGUACAAAGAAAGUCUCAGUGCAGACCAUGCUGUGUGUUUUGUCUUCACCUCAUUGGGACGUGAUAAACCGUACCUCUCAGCUUUAUCAAACUACCUAAAACAAACAACAGACGACCCUCAAGUUGCCCAUACCCACGAUGUAGAGAAGGAACAAUGGUAUGCUUCAAGAGAAGUAGUACAAGAAAUGAGGCAUAAAGCAAAUAUCUUCAGUGACUUUGCAGAGGCCAACAAGGAGAACAAGAAGAUUAAGUUCCUGACAGUGGGUUCAACAAAUGAGACACAGAAAGGUUCAAGCAUCUACCUUUAUGAAGACGGCUUUUCUGUCAGUGAGAACUUUGAGCCGCCUUCAAAGCCUGAAACAGUGACAGUAAGUGAUAUAAACCACAACAGUGUGACUCUGAAGGUUUCUCCACGAGGAUUUGGAGCAGAGGACAUCACCUCCUACUCUGUUGAGUACUGUGUCAGGAGAGGAUGA